UGACAGGUAACACAAACUGAUCACACAGUUAGAUGACAGGUAACACAAACUGAUCAGACAGUUAAAUUACAGGUAACAAGAUACAACUGAGAUUGACCCUAGGACUGUCUGACAACUGAGAUUGACCCCAGGACUGUCUGAUACAACUGAGAUUGACCCUAGGACUGUCUGACAACUGAGAUUGACCCUAGGACUGUCUGUUACAACUGAGAUUGACCCCAGGACUCUCAGUUACAACUGAAGUUGACCCUACGACUGUCUGACAACUGAGAUUGACCCCAGGACUGUCUGAUACAAUUGAGAUUGACCCUAGGACUGUCUGACAACUGAGAUUGACCCUAGGACUGUCUGACAACUGAGAUUGACCCCAGGACUGUCUGAUACAACUGAGAUUGACCCUAGUACUGUCUGACAACUGAGAUUGACCCCAAGACUGUCUGUUACAACUGAGAUUGACCCCAGGACUGUCUGUUACAACUGAGAUUGACCCUAGGACUGUCUGAUACAACUGAGAUUGACCCCAGGACUGUCUGUUACAACUGAGAUUGACCCUAGGACUAUAUGUUUCUCCUCCAGAGAUGGCAGUGAACUUCCACCUGAGGGCGAGAGAAUGUUCAGCUGCAGCUACGGCUUUGUUGCCAGAAACAGCAGUGAACUCUCCGUGCUGCAGGGAGAAACUCUGGAGGUGAUUGAGUCGUCAAAUCGUUGGUGGAAGUGCCGCAAUAACUUUGACCAGAUUGGGUUUGUUCCCUUCAACAUUCUGGAGCCUCUGUCUGCCCUCAACAACAACCAUAGGGACAGACCAGUGGCACUCAGACAGUCCAAGAAGGUGCCCUCUGACCCUGCAAGGCACUUCUCCUACACCCCCUCCAGCCGAAGGGCCAACCUCCCCGCCGUGCCCCGCCGUCCUCACAGCAUGUCCCCCUCCAUGACAGGGGGCGACAGAGACAAAGGCUUUAUGGUGAACGAUGAGCUCCUCCAGCGGCUGGCCAACGGCAGGGCGGGCUCCAUCCGUCCCCUAGUGAUCCCCCGCACCACAGACACCUCGGCCCCCCUGGACUACCACUCCCCUCCUGCGGAGGUAGAGGGCUGGCUGAGAGGGAAGGGCUUCACUGAGCCGACAGUAACACUGCUGGGGAGACUCACUGGUGCUGAGCUCUUCGCCCUGAGUAAAGAGGACCUGCGUAUGUUUUCACCAGAGGAGGGUGCCAGAGUGUACAGCCAGAUGAUGGUGCAGAAGGCUUUAUUGGAGGUACAAGCAACCCUAUUAACUCGCAACACCAUUGACUGGCAACACCAUUGACUGGCAACCCCAUUG